AUGGUGUCUAAAAAGCGCCACAAAGGGUGUGCGGUACAGCCCAUCCGUUUCCUGCUUCUUGCUCUGCUCCUUGGGGCUGUCUUUGCACAGGACGGAGGAGGUUCAGAUGCGACAGAGAUUCAGGAGGAGUCCAUCUUGACGGACAACACGGAGGAGACGUAUGCUGACACCGAAGGGGGUGACAGCCUCAUUGACUAUGGAGAGGCAGUAGGGAACAAGGAGCCUGGGACAAACUCUGUCGGUGGGGCGUCUGUCUCGCCGCACUUCAACUUCACGAAAGCUGCGGAGCUUGCAGCUGCUCACGCUGAGGAAGUGGCCUCAUCUGCCUCUGCAGAUCCGCCAGCCAGCGCCAAUGCUGCGAACAACAGACAGCAGUCAGCAGGAGCAAGCACGACAAGCGUGCAGCUAAGAGGGUCUCAGAACGCUGCGGCGGCCGUGGAGCCUGAGAAGGGGAGGCAGCAGGGGGAAAAGGGGGCUACGCCGGCCGGGGGGUAUGUCACGGUGGAGUACGGGGAGACCGGGGUGACUGAGGAGGACCUGGCGCCGCCGCCGGACGCACUGGGGUACAUCGCGACCCCGGACCUGGACCUUGCCGGGCUCGGCCGGCCGCCUCCGGCGGCCGCCUCCGCGCCGCGCGCCCCGAUCACAAAUGAGCUGCUUGACCCGACGCUGCUCUCCGGCACCCGGAACAGCACCGCGGCUGGGCCCCCGAGUCCCCCCGCCGCGCCGCGGGGCCUCCCUGUGGCGGCGGCGACCGCAGGAGCGGUGGCGCAGGUCUCCCCUGCGGUGGCGGCAAGCGCGGGAGUGGUGGGUGCUGCCGCGGCAGUGCGGUCGCCGGAUGACUGGGUGGUAAAUAUCACGGCGGCGGAUUUCCAGGGCGCGGCGCACAUUGCCAAGCGGCAGGCGCGGCACUAUCACAGCCUGCCGGGCAGCCUCACUGCGGAGUGCCAGCAGCGGCUGCUCAACAUUGUCAGGCGUGUGGAGGCUGAGGGGGCCUUUUACCAGCCCAGCUCGCUAGAGGCGCUGUUGGGAAAUGUGUCAGCGGUGAAGAUGCAGCAGGCGGCACAGCAGACCAAUGACCUGCUGGCCACUGUCUUGGCUGGCAACGCGCCAAAGUACACUGCAUUCCACUUGAGCCACAUGACGAACAAUUACAACGACUGCCUGAAGAGUGCCGGUGUGGAGGCCCUCAAGUCCUGCCUGCGCCGCAACAGGAAGCAGCUGCGCCAUGCGGACAUAGUGUGGUUUGACGAGAACUUCCUGGCGGCUCUGCAGCAGCUGCUGCCGGAAGUUCGCUCCAUGUUCGGCUUCGGCAGCGGCCGCGGUGACUUCGAGCGCUACUUCUAUGACCAGGGGGUGAAGUACACGUUUGGACUGGAGCCAGGGUACAUGGGGGCGUUAGGAUUUUACGCCCCCGGCUGGGAGUACAGGGAGGGGCCCGUACAGUUAACAGCGCUGCUACCUAAUGCCAGCGGGCUGUCUGAGCUGGCGGACUUCAAGUGCCACAUGUUCGGGGACAGCCACAUGCGCGUGGACCUCGUGCAGAGCUUUGAGGUGUUUGAGGAGAUCCCGAGGCAUGAGCACUGUGGCAUAGCGAAUGCACUGGCGGGCCUGGCUGGCCGCUGGCUGGCAGUGACCAUGGGCCAGCUUGGGCAGGGAGGAGGGCAUCACAUAGCCAAUCGCCACAAGGAGGAUUUUCUGAGCGAGUGGACGAAGCGGGGCCUGGUUUACCGGCCGGACCUGACGGCGUCCAUAGCCAAGGACUGUUACAUGUGCCAGCUGCACUACCUGCGCUACAACCUGCUCAUCUUUGAGGUUGACCCCAGCCGAGUGGUGCCCAUAGAUUGUGCCCUGGAGGGGCCGGCAGACUGGGCUCCCUACGAGGAUUUUGAGGAGCAGCUGGUGCACCUGCCAAAUGGCACCGCUGUUCCCUCCUCCAAACACCAGCAUGACUACGGCGACUGGCAGUACGUGCUGCGCCUUAAAGCCGGCUAG